AUGCCUCCUCUGGUAGAUGUUCAUGGUCAUACGGAGAGGGCAAUUGAUAUUGCUUCGUCAAGCAGGGCCCGGGCAGCAGAUGCUCCUUCGGCGAGCAGGACUCAUGCAGUAGAUGCCCCUUCGACGAGCAGGGCUCAGCCCUCCAUAGAGUAUGUCGAGGGGUUACUCGAGGUGAUGGCCUCAUUUGAAGGCAUGAUCUUGAGGAGAGAGAUGAUGCUGAAUUCCCACGGCAUUCAGGUCACACCCUUACAGACGGGACCAUCAGAGCCUUCUCUAGUAGUAGGGAGAGAGAUUCUGGCACGUAGCCGAGGGAGAGGUCGGGAGCCUGUCGUGCGCAAUGACGAUGACAAGACUAGUGAGGACGAGGAGCCAGCGAGUCCCCAGUCAGAGUCAUCUAAGGGUGGAGGUGACGACAUUGGCUCUGGUUUUGAGGGUGGCGACGACGCUGAGGAGGGCUCCAAGGAUGGGAGUGGAGGCAGCUCUGAUUCCGGCUCCGGCUCCAGCUCAGAUUCAAACAGCAGCGCCAACGGUGAUAGCUCUAAGUCCGCACAGCUGAGAAAGAGGACGAAGAGAGCCUCCCGAUCCUGA